AUGCUGACACGCUGUGUACUGGGGGCGAGCCAUAUGCUCGUACUGGUGCUGUGUCUGUCUGCUGCUGAGGACUUCGACUGGACAAAGAACGACCGCGGUUCCUUCUACUACGGCACAUUUCCAACUGGAUUUUCGUGGGGCGCUGGCAGCUCAGCCUACCAGACAGAAGGAGCCUGGGACAGAGAUGGCAAAGGCAUGAGCAUCUGGGACGUUUUUUCGCACAAGAAGGGAAAGAUCUUCCUGAACGACACUGGAGACUCCUCCUGUGAAGGCUACUACAAAGUCAAGGAUGACAUAUCCUUAAUGAAAGAGCUGAAGCUGAACCACUACCGUUUCUCCGUCUCCUGGCCCAGAAUCAUGCCCACUGGCAUUAAAUCGGACCACGUGAACGAGAAGGGAAUAAAGUAUUAUGAAGAUCUGAUCAACCUGCUGCUGGAGAAUAAGAUCACCCCCAUUGUUACCCUGUAUCACUGGGACCUGCCGCAGGUCCUUCAGGAGAAAUAUGGCGGGUGGCAGAAUAUCAGCAUGGUCAACUACUUCAACGACUUCGCGAGCCUGUGCUUCGAACGAUUCGGGAACAGGGUGAAGUACUGGAUCACUUUCAACAACCCGUGGUCGGUGGCAGUGGAGGGCUACGAGACCGGAGAACACGCUCCGGGCAUGAGGCUGAAGGGCACCGGGGCCUACAAGGCAGCCCAUCACAUCAUUAAGGCACACGCUAAGGUCUGGCACACUUAUGACACCCAGUGGCGGAAUAAACAAAAAGGGCUGGUGGGCAUCUCUUUGUCAGGGGACUGGGGUGAGCCAGUGGACAUCACCAACCAAAAGGACAUCGAGGCGGCAGAGAGAUACGUCCAGUUCUACUUGGGCUGGUUCGCAACACCCAUCUUUCAUGGAGACUACCCUCAAGUGAUGAAAGACUACAUCGGCAAAAAGAGUGCCCAGCAAGGUCUCGGAAGCUCCCGCCUGCCCACCUUCUCGUCCCAGGAGAAGAGCUACAUCAAGGGCACCUGUGACUUCCUCGGCAUCGGGCACUUCACCACCCGUUACAUCACGCAGAAGAACUUCCCAUCCAACCGUGGGAACAGCUACUUCACAGACCGCGACCUGGCCGAGCUCGUGGACCCACGCUGGCCAGACCCUGGCUCGGAGUGGCUCUACUCCGUACCCUGGGGGUUCCGUCGCCUGCUUAACUUCGUCAAGACUCAGUAUGGGAACCCAAUGAUCUACGUGACGGAGAAUGGAGUGUCUGAAAAGAUGCUAUGCACGGAGCUUUGUGAUGACUGGAGAAUACAGUACCUAAAAGACUACAUAAACGAGAUGCUGAAAGCCAUCAAGGAUGGAGUGAACGUCAAGGGCUACACAGCCUGGUCACUCCUGGACAAAUUUGAGUGGGACGAGGGGUACUCUGAGAGGUUUGGUCUCUACUACGUGGACUUCAGGAACAAGAACAAGCCACGGUACCCCAAGGCCUCUGUUCAGUACUACAAACGCAUCAUCAGCUCCAAUGGGUUCCCCAAUCAGAGAGAGGUGGAGAACUGGAAGCGGAAGGCAACGGAGACCUGUUCCUCCAGCAACCAGCUUCUAGCUGCAGAGGAACAGCGGAGUACUGCUGCCAAUAUUCUAAGACUUAUCCAUGACCCCUUGACCAGCCACAUGGAGAUGGUGACAGAGAUUGUUGUCCCCACCGUAUGCACACUCUGCAUUCUUCUCAGCGCUGUCUUCCUCAUGUUCCUGCUGCGUAGACGCAACUAAGAUGCGCUCACGACACUCAUUAAUCUCACCGUGUGCUGCUGAUACACCUGUACUGGGCGCAUUCUGUUAAGUCUUGAACACACACACACACACACACACACACACACACACACAGGAUCUCCGAAGCGCUGCCAAGCCGAACCUGGCAAAAGACGUUAUGCGGGGUGGACCUUGACAUUAAAGACGGUGCUUGUUGAUGUAAGUGUCACUUCCAUUUCACGAGAGGCAUUCUCCUCAAAUUCCGGUGUACUGUGUUUUCAGAUUGAUCAAUUGGCAGCCAACGCUGUUCAGAUUUCCACAUGGAUGAAUUCAAGUGUGAUGUUUGAUGUGAAGUAAAUUAUGCUGGUUGCUUUAUAUAUCAAAUCUUGUUUUAACAAAGAUACAUGUACAGAGCAUCUUUUUUUAACACGAGUAUUGGUUGCCAUGGCAAAACCACAUUUGCUAAAACAAUAAGCUACAGCAUGCAUGUUUUUAUAAUGCACAUUUCUUUAUACUCAGUGGGGAAGCAAUUGUAGUGGC